GUCGUCCCCUGCGGCCUUCUCCUCCCAUCCAUCAGCAUCACCAAUUUUCCAUACGAUCCUCAAGAUUCCAGCAGCAGCGGCGGCGGCGCCCCAUCCUCCGUCCUUUCCGCCGUCUCAGCUGCCAUUCCCACAGAGCGCCGCCAGCCGCUUGGUGAUCCAGGAAAGAAGUCGCUCACUCACUCACUUGUGACACAGAUGGCCCGCCUCGCCGCCCUACUCGUUGCCUUGCUCGUCGCCCUCUUCGCCGUCGCGGCCACGGCGCAGGCCCCGGCCGCCUCGCCCAAGCGCGCGCCGGCGCCGGCGCCACCCAAGAUGGCCCCUCUCCCGCCGCCGCCGACCAGGGCUCCCACCGCCUCCCCGCCCUCGCCUCCCACGAUGGCGCCGGUGUCCGCGCCCUUUGCCGACGCGCCAGCCUCGAGCCCCAUCGCUGCGGGCGUUGGCGACGCGACGGCCCCGGCGGGAGCUUCCGCUCUGACUCCGGCGGCCGCGCCUGUCACGGAGAAGAGCGCCGCCGUAUCUGCCUCCGCCGCCACCUUCUUCGUCAUCGCCGGAGCUGUGGCAUCCGCCGUUGUGUUCUAGACAUCUGCCGGGCGGAUCCGUGGAGGAGGUGCAUCUGCACCUGCGCGGGCGGCUCGGCUGUUGUUGAUAGAUGGGCUCUGUUUUGCGACCCAUUAUUUAUUUAUUUGUUUGUUAUUUCGAGGCUUCAGAGAACAGAGAUGAGAUGAGGAUGUGUAAUCCUAUCAAUUUUCAGACGGGAGCUGUGUCUGUUACGCUUUUUUUAUUAUAUAUAUGCAGAUUAUAUAAUUUCAUUACCAA